UUUUUAGACAAAAACCGCCAUCUAUGUGUCAGGUCGGGUACUUCUGGGACUACCCUCGUAAACGAGUUGAAUAUUACAAGAUGGAUAAUGGUUAUUAUGUUCAACGGCGACAGCGUGGAUAUCUUAUUAAUCACUAUAAAAAUGAUGUCAACACACGGCCGGAAAAUUAUUUCUUUUCAUUAUUACUUAUGUGUCAAUCGUGGCGGAAAUUAGAAGAUCUUAAAAAUGGGUGUGAUACUUAUACAGAGUCAUUUCACAAGAUAAAAUUACACAAUGUGGAAGCUUUGCAGUAUCAUGAUAGAUUAGAAGAAUUGAAGAAAGCACAUGAAGAUGCCGUAGAAUUAGUUAAACAACAAUUAGAUGAGGAAAAACAGAAUGUAUCUCAGGAUGAUCCUGAUAAUCCGAUAGGUGUUCAAAAUAUUGAAGCUGGUGAAGCGAUGCAAGAUUUUAAAGAUCUCGGUGACAAAUUAGUUCAGGAAAUCGACGUAUCUGAAAUGAUUUCAAAACUGAAUGCAGAUCAAAGAAGAGUGUUUGAUAGAGUUAUCGAUACUGUAUUAUUGGAGGAUAAAUCGUUGUUGCGAUUGUAUGUUAGUGUAGAAGGAGGUACUGGCAAAAGUUUCUUGAUAAGAACAAUUAAAUGCUGGAUUAAACAAAAUCUCAACAAGGAUACUGCUGUAGCAGCCCCUACUGGUAUAGCAACGUUUAAUAUAGACGGUUUAACAGUUCACAGAUUACUUCAAUUACCUGUUGAACAUGGUCAGACUCCUAAAUAUAAACAAUUGUCCGAUUAUGUGUCGAAAGUUUUACGAGCAGAUCUCAAAGAUGUCAUUCUUUUUAUAAUUGACGAAGUGUCAAUGAUAUCUAAUUUGUCAUUUAUGUAUAUACAUCUACGAUUAUCUCAAAUAUUUGAUACUAUUAAUUGUGAUGACGGUUGGUUUGGCCGAAAGCAUAUUCUUUUAUUUGGAGAUUUGCUUCAGUUACCUCCUGUACACGAAGAUCUUGCUUUUGUACGUUUAUCGGAUGAAAAAUUUUCUAAAUACCUCGGUUCGUUAUGUGCCCCUAAUAUAUGGGCUACGUUAUUUAAUUAUGAUGAAUUGACAAUCAACAUGCGUCAGCAAGGAGAUGGAUCUUAUCGUGAAUUACUAUCGAGAAUUCGCGUUGGUUUGGUAAUUAAGUCUGAUUAUGAAAUUCUCGAAAGUAGAAAAAUAUCUUUCAAAGGUGUAACUUUUGAAACGAGAUUACACGAAGUAUGUAAUUAUAUUGAUAAUUUACCGUCUGACGCAGUUUGUUUAUUGCCUACUUGUCAUAUGUGUGAUGUUCUUAACGCUGCAAUGCUGAAUCGUAUUGCUUCGAAAGAAAUAUUAUUAACUGCUGAAGAUGCGAUUCAAUGUACUAAAUAUAUUAAAAAGAAGGUUGAAAAGCUAUUGUUAGAUACUGAUGAUGACAAUUCUAGAACAGCUGGACUUUCGAAACUAAUUACUAUUAAAAUUGGAGCGAAAAUUAUGAUAAGACGCAAUAUCGAUGCCAGUUUGGGUCUUGUAAACGGUACGAUCGCUAAAGUUACUUCAGUUGUACAGGAUAUCUCUAGUAAUUAUAUAGAAAAGAUCAAGGUUCUUGUACCAUCCGGUUCCGAAUAUUUAAUUGAAAGAGUAAACGUCAAGUUUAAAGUAAUGGAUAGAGCAUAUGUUAUAAGAAAACAAUUUCCAAUAUCUUUGAGUUACGGCAUCACCAUUCAUAAAAGCCAAGGAUUGAGCUUGCAAAACGCCAUUAUGGAUAUAGGUAAUUGUUCGCGAAUCCCGCGAGGCGAGUUCGCUGGUUACCGCUGCUGGUGGACGCAGGGUGAGAGGACUUAGCGGUGAGAGGCUCAGGGAACGGAUGCACGCUUGCGAGGGUGGAAAUCACGUGAUCGUACCUCGUGUAGAUUGGAUAAAAGUAUCGUGUCCCAGUUUAAUAAAUGAAAGAAGCUUACAGUGAGCAGUCUAUGAAUAAGCGGUGAAUGAGAGGUCCUUAAAUCACUUGCACGGGUCGAUAUUAUUGAUCGAACACCGGCCUCGCGAUGUAGAUGCCCGUGAGCCGUG